AUGGCGGCGAAUAAUGCAAGAGCUGUCGCGUCUGCUCUCCCGGUGGCGAACGUGCAGGCGCUCGCGGAGGCUUGCAAUGGGAUCGAUGGGCAGGUGCCCGAGAGGUACCUCGUCGCGGAGGCGGAGGUCGGUUCGGAGGAGAUCGUCGCCGCCGGCGGUGGCGGAAGCCAUUCGGAGAUUCCGGUAGUGGAUCUCCGCAAGUUGCUUGACACGCGGUCGUUGGAGGAGGAGUGCGCCAAGCUGAAAUCCGCAUGUCACCACUGGGGCUUCUUCCAGGUAGUACAUAUCAUCAAUUCGUUCGUUGGUUCAUGCGCUGUCUCAAUUCUGCAAAAUGGCCGUGCGUGUAUACGAAGGGCAACUGAUGAACCGGCGGCAGUGCACGCCCAUACCAAUCGCACGCAGCUCAUCAACCAUGGAGUGCCAGAUGAAGUGAUUGGGAACCUGAUGCGUGACGUAGCUGAGUUCUUCGACCUGCCGCUGGAAGCCAAGAAGCAAUGGGCACAGCGCGCUGACAGCGUCCAAGGCUACGGCCAGGCCUUCGUUGUGUCCGAGGAUCAGAAGUUGGACUGGGCAGACAUGCUGCACCUUCAGCUUCAGCCGAGUGAGUCGAGGGACCUGCGCGUCUGGCCUACUCGCCCUCAGUGUCCUUCAGAGGCCUAUUCCUCCGAGACAGCAAGGCUAGCAUUCCGUUUGCUGGAACUGAUGGCCAAGGCCACGGGCGCCGAGCCGGCGCCGCUGCGCGGCUUGUUCGAAGAAGGACUGGAGCAGGGCAUGAGGGUGAACUACUACCCGCCGUACCGGCAGGCAGCUGAACGGGUGCUGGGCCUGUCGCCGCACACCGACGCGUCUGGCCUGACGCUGCUGCUGCAGAUGAACAACGAUGUGCAGGGCCUGCAGGUCAAGAAGGACGGCAGGUGGUUCGCCGUGGACGCCGUGGACGCCGCCUUCAUCAUGAACGUCGGUGACGUGCUUGAGGUUAAUAGAUGGUGGGAAUUUAUGCAGUUCCUCCCAAUUCAUGUAUUCUGA